ACUGAAUAAAUGACUCACAAGCACAACUCCCACAUCAAUAACAGUGGGAUCAAGAUGGCGGCCGAGGGAGACUACGAGUCAAUCCUGUGCGUUAAACCAGAUGUCAGCGUUUAUCGCAUCCCACCACGAGCUUCAAACCGCGCAUACAGGGCAGCUGACUGGAAGCUGGACACUCCAGACUGGUCCGGUCGAAUGAGGAUAACAGCAAAGGGCAAAGUGGCAUACAUUAAACUGGAGGACAAAGUUUCAGGGGAGCUGUUUGCCCAGGCACCGGUGAAGGAGUACCCCGGUGUUGCAGUGGAGACCGUCAGUGACUCCAGCCGAUACUUUGUUCUGAGGAUACAGGAUGAGAACGGUCGUAGUGCAUUUAUUGGAGUUGGCUUUGGGGACCGAGGCGACGCCUUUGACUUCAAUGUGGCUUUGCAGGAUCAUUUCAAAUGGGUGAAACAGGAGGAUGAACUUCGCAAAAGUGCCCAGUUUGGAGAUUCAGGACCAAAGCUGGACUUGGGCUUUAAGGAGGGGCAGACCAUCACACUUAAUCUAGGACAAGGUAAAAAGAGGGACAAGCCCCGUCCACAAGGCUCAGGUGGGUUUGGACUCCUCCCACCACCACCAGGAGGCAAAAUAGCUCCGCCUCCUUCAUCGGGCUCCUCUAAUCACAACAUAGUCCCACAGACAGGCGGCACAGUGACAGGCUGCCUGUUGGAGCUGGACAGUAGUAACUCUAACACGAUGGUUCAGUCAAACCCUAGUUCAGAUCUUCUUUGGGGAGACUUCUCUGCACCUGCAAGCUCUGUCCCACCUCCACCACAACCUCAGAACACCUCCAACUGGAUCCAGUUUUGAGUCGUCGUUGGAUAUGUCGCUUGCGAUUUUCACCUCACCUGCAUCCGUGUCUGUUGCUUCCUGUCCAUCACACUGAGAGUUAACUCCCGCACACUCAUCCCAAAGCAGAGACAAGAAACAACACCGUGCUGAGAUUUAUCAUUUCUCUGAAAUCCUCCUGACGGCAACACAAAGCAUUAAUAAGUCAAAGCCAUCAAAUGACAUGAGCCAUCUCUGGUGAUAUUUAAGGGCUAUGUGUAAUGUCCUGAGUAGCUUCUCUUUUUCUGUGUUUGCAUCGGCUUCCCAGCAGGUGGCGCUUUAACUAAGCAGAGCUUUGUUUUAUCUGGGCUGAGGUUGGUUGUCUGCCACAGCUCCCCCUACAGGACCAGUAGAGUACUACAUCUGAAGACAACGCACCAGUGCUUUCCAUAAGCUGUUCAAGAAUUGCACUUAUAGAGCGAAAAAGUUCAAAUAUAAAACAUAAGUUAAAGGAGAAGGUCAGGCUCUGUCUAUUAUAUGUUAGGAUUGGCAAUUAAUUUUUUUUUCAUUUUGUCAACCUUAUUUUUUAAAUGAAUAGUGUGAAAAUGAAAGCAAUGGCCUGUCUAAACAGCUGUCAUAUAAAUCAUGCAAAUGAAUAUGUGAUUGGAAUUCUUUACAUAAAACAUGAGAUUAUUAGACAGAGCUGUGGGUGAGAUAUGUUUCUACCUACACACUGAAAUGUGGCCUGUUACAGCCUGAUGUUCAGGCUCACAACUGGUUCAAAACUUAUUCAUGCAAAUAUUAAUGUAUUAUACCAAAUGUGUGUUUUGAGAACAAAAUUAUUUCCAAGCAUAGGGCUUAACAAAGAGACUGAGGUUACAUUUAAAUGUUUUGUACAUGCAGAUGCAGCCACCUGCUCAGAUUGCCUUUUAUCAUAUCAUCCGCUAACCAUCACAGGCUUUUCUGGGUUUACUGAACUCCUUCAUAGUUGGGUGGCAUAUGUACGGUCAAGUAUUUUCAUAGACAUUAUUGUGAAGAAUUAAUCUUAUUUUUGGGUAUAUUAAACGUGCAGAUUUAUGUUUACAGUGAAACGUUUACCAUGGGGAACUUAUCAGCCACAUUUCAUUGCAACACAAAUCAGUUGCCAAACACCUACAAGCUUUUUUUAUUAUCAUUUAUUUCUAUUUUAAACACAUUUAUAGCAUUCUUAUAUAAGCUAAGAGGAAUAUUUCAUAUCCUGCAAAGUUUCUAUUAAACUGUAGAUUAAAUCUAUUUAAACAAUUGCAGGCGUUCUUCGUUGUGAUCACCUUUACUUUUUCUGUAAACGGCAUCUCAUUGUGAUUAAUUUAAUAUCUUUUUUUUGUCAACUUAAAAUAAGAUGUCUGCGUAGUGGCGUGGGCGUCAACAUCGGUAUCUUCUGUUUUGACCUUAGAAGCAGUGACUUCACUUUUAGAUGACUGUAGGGAAGCUCUACGGUGGAAAUAGUUGGCAAGUAAACACUGCUUUGUUUCCAUUUCAGCACAAAGCUUAUCAGUUUGAGGAAGAAAUGUUGCUUUAUCUUCCCAGCAUUCCCUCUCAACCCAUAAGUCUUAAAAUAAAGGGAAUCAACAAAAAGUCAAACGUCUGUUUCAGCACCAAAACUGAGGUUUUGUCUGAAUAAAAAAUGCUAAUUUUGGGCUGUGCAAUAGAGUAAUUGCUGCAAAAUUACACAUGCAAUUAGUUUCAUGUCUGUAGUGGAUGAUCAUGACACAUUUUAAAGAGGAAAAUAUCAAGCAAACUGCAGUUUAUUAGCAAAAUCAGCCUUAUUUUGACAAGUUAUAGUCUGGCAAGCUGGAAAAUGUACUUUUUGGCUUUCUUGCAGCCAGUUCUCUUUGACUUUGACUCCUUACACUAAUCUAAGAUGACAAAAUGUGACAGCCAGGACCUUUAUAGCUCCUCAGUUGUGUAUCUCUUUACAUCAUAACACAGGGUGACACUAUGCUGUAAAGAAUAGAUUCCUGUAGCCUGUUUGCAAAAAGAAAUGCUCUUUUUCUGAAGUGAUUGGUUUGCUGUUAGAGAUUUAAUGGUAGCAGUCUGAGGACUGACAGCCUGAGAAACAAAUGAUUGUGUUGCUUCAUACUGAAUGUGCUAAUGGCAGCAAAUGAAAUGUUCAUCUUUGUGCUGAAAGACUGUGAAUUCAGACUGCGUUUACGGGACUUUCUUGUCAGCAUAUAUUUUUAAAGUUGGCUGUGAUCGAAUCACAUGAACUGUAUUUAACUGGAACUGAGAUACAGGGCUGACUUGAUUUCUGCUGACUAAUGUGUUGUGUUUACAUUGCUCGUGCUGUUGGCUAAAAUAGUGUGUCUCCCUUUUCUCACUUAUUUCCCUUUGGCUGUAAAAUCACUGGACUAACACUUGAUUUAUGACCAAUUUAUUGAGAAAGAGGCAAUAAAACCUUUCCAAGGACA